UUAAAUUUCCAAACUACAAGCCCCUUAUUAGAAAGUAGAAACCGCUGUAAUUAGAUCGUCCAAUUUCGAAAUCAAAACCCUACUCUGUUCAUCACUCUUUCAAGAGAUUAUCGCUCUGAUUACUGAUAAUCAUGUCUCUAAGGCCGAGCGCGAAGACCGAUGUUCGUCGUAGUCGAUACAAGGUCGCCGUUGAUGCCGAAGAAGGUCGUCGAAGGCGAGAGGAUAACAUGGUUGAGAUCCGUAAGAAUAAACGAGAGGAGAAUUUACUUAAGAAGCGUCGUGAAGGUCUUCAAUCGCAUCAAUUUCAGACUACUGUCAAUUCCUCAUCUCAAGUUGAGAAAAAGUUAGAGAGUCUUCCUGCUAUGGUUGCUGGUCUGUGGUCUGAGGAUACAAAUUUGCAGCUGGAAGCUACAUCUCAGUUCCGGAAACUGCUUUCGAUAGAACGAAAUCCACCUAUUGAAGAGGUCAUACAAGCUGGAGUUAUUCCGCGGUUUGUGCAGUUUCUUGAUCGUGACGACUAUUCGCCACUUCAGUUUGAGGCGGCUUGGGCGCUUACCAAUAUUGCAUCUGGAACUUCUGACAAUACUAAAGUAGUGAUUGAUCAUGGUGCUGUUCCUAUUUUCGUGAGGCUGCUUGGCUCAUCUAGUGAUGAGGUCCGCGAACAGGCUGUUUGGGCAUUGGGGAAUAUCGCGGGUGAUUCACCAAAGUGUCGUGAUCUAGUUCUUGGCCAUGGUGCUUUGAUUCCAUUGCUGGCUCAAUUUAAUGAGCACGCUAAGCUUUCUAUGCUGAGAAAUGCCACAUGGACAUUAUCAAACUUCUGUAGGGGAAAACCACAGCCACAGUUUGAUCAGACAAAACCUGCACUGCCUGCCCUUGCACGACUUAUCCAUUCAAAUGACGAUGAAGUACUUACUGAUGCCUGCUGGGCUUUGUCAUAUCUUUCUGAUGGUACUAAUGACAAAAUACAAGCUGUAAUCGAGGCUAAUGUCUGCUCUCGUCUUGUUGAACUUUUGGUUCAUCCUUCACCAUCAGUGCUCAUUCCUGCCCUUCGGACAGUUGGUAACAUUGUUACUGGUGAUGAUGUUCAAACUCAGAUUAUGAUUGAGCAUCAGGCACUUCCAAGCCUUCUUAACCUCUUGACUCAAAAUUACAAGAAAAGUAUCAAGAAAGAAGCUUGCUGGACCAUUUCAAACAUAACAGCGGGUAGCAAGGAACAGAUACAGGCUGUUAUUGAUUCUGGUAUCUUUCUUCCAUUAAUCCAAUUGCUUCAUACUGGUGAGUUCGAGAUCAAGAAGGAGGCUUCCUGGGCAAUUUCAAAUGCCACAUCCGGGGGUACUAAUGAGCAAAUCAAGUUCUUGGUGAGCCUGGGAUGUAUAAGGCCACUGUGUGAUCUACUGGUUUGUCCUGACCCGAGAAUAGUUACUGUUUGCUUGGAAGGAUUAGAGAACAUCCUAAAAGUGGGUGAAUCCGAGAAGAACUCGGGUAAUACAGGCGAAGUGAAUUACUAUGCCCAGUUGAUUGAUGAUGCUGAAGGACUGGAAAAGAUUGAAAAUCUUCAGAGUCACGAUAAUAUUGAAAUCUAUGAAAAAGCUGUCAAGAUUCUUGAGACAUAUUGGUUAGAAGAGGAGGAUGAACAGCUUCCUUCGGCUGAUGCUGAUGGUUCACAGUCUGGUUUCAACUUUGGUGGGAACAAUCUUCCUGUUCCAUCUGGUGGGUUCAACUUCGGUUGAAUUGAAGGUGAACAAAUAUCGGGGGGGUUCAAUAUCGUCUUAUGGAUGUCCUCCCCAAAGGGUUGCUGGUGGUGUAUAGUUUUAUUUUAAUUUUUUCAAUGUGAUGCAUAUCUCUCUUGUGGUGGCCUCAAGGUUGCAUAAGUUAACAUAUUUCCUUUUUUCCCCUCCCACCAACCUUAUUCUAUGUCAUGAAGUCUUUUUUAUUUAUUUAUUUUUAUUUUGGAGAACAUUGGUUCCGUUCUUCUUCUGAGUGCUACUAGUAUCUGCGGGUUAAACACAUUGUCCGCAAAUGCACUCAAGUUUUUACUGUAUGCAAUUAUGCGUUUUUGGUGGUGCUAGUGAAUGUUAUAAGAUUCGUUUAAGGUCAUGUUUGUAAACAUUUUAAAACAAGUCUGGCUAUUAGAAAUGGAAGUGUGGUUGGUACU